GUCAAGCACAACAGAACACUCCUAAUUCUCGCGUUUUGGAGUGAUUCAAUGGAGGCAUUGCAGCACCGCGAUGCGGAUUUAGUGGUUUAUCUUCACCCUUCCAAGUCUAAGAAUGUAAAGGAUGCUAUAUACCGUGAAUUGAGCGAUCUGCUUUUCAAGUUUAAUGAAUGCUUGGAUGGUGUGGUACUGGCUUAUGAACCGGAGUUUCGUAUUACCUUGGCAAAGAUUCUUCCAGGGAUUCAACCAUAUUUUGGCGUGAGAUUUCAAGCAAAGUUGUUAACUUUUAAUCCAAAGCCAGAUAUGCUUUUAGAAGGAGAGGUAGUAAAAGUAGCACCACAGUCUAUUCACAUAGUUGUUCUUGGAUUUUCAUCGGGCGUGGUUGCAGUUGAGGAUAUGUCUGGAAAAUUCAAAUAUAAAAUUAAGCAUGGUGAGGAAGUUUUUGUCAGCAAAUCUCAUAAAAGACAUAAGAUUAAAGUGGGAACAAUUGUACGUUUCUCAGUCAAGAGUUUUGAUGUAGAAGUGCUCCACAUUUGUGGAUCGUUAAUUCCCCCAAAUACUGGAUGUGUUCAUUGGUUAGAAAUGAACGCAGGAGAACGAUGACAAACAGACAGUGUAUACUCGCAAAAGGCGAGGAAUCUGAAGCCCACGGGAAAUGCUUUGAGCAUGACAACACUAGUAUAAACGGAAUUUGUGAGUGAUGUUAAGGUUGUUUGUUUGUUUCCUCCACUUUUUUCUCUUCCAGAGGGUGUAUACAGUCAAACUAAAACACCAAAAGGAGACCUAAAAGCGGGGACUAUGAAGGCCAAUGCAGAGUCAUGCAGGUGAGCCUUUUUAGCCGCCCCAAUCGAUUUGGUGAUGUGUCAAUACACAACUUUAUUAUAGGUGGUGCACUGUGAUCAACUGUUGUACUAGUAUAGAUUUAGGGGGACCUUGGAAUCUUUGGGUACAUUUGCAUCAGUCAGUUUUGCUCUCCAGAUGGAAUUUUUUGAGUGAUUUGAGGUCUCAAAAGUGGCUUUGAACAUGAAGCUGCAACUUUUUUUUUUUUUUUUGAUGUUUACUUUUGUCCAUUGAAUGGAUUAGAUUUUAUGGUAUAUGUAUGCAAGUACAUUCCAUUUGUGCUAUGGCACUUAUGAUUGACUCAUUGGCAACAUUUCCACAUAUCAUUAUUAAUGCCA